AAGUCCCAGCGGUGACGUCAUCUUCCCUGCGACAGGAAGUUAGCGGGGAUAGAGAGACGUGCAGUGAGUGCAGAUCACCAUGACUACUCUGACACGCCAAGAUUUGAACUUUGGACAAGUUGUCGCAGACAUUUUAUGCGAGUUCCUUGAGGUUGCUGUUCAUCUUAUACUUUACGUACGAGAAGUUUAUCCUAUUGGGAUUUUUCAGAAGAGAAAGAAAUACAACGUUCCAGUACAGAUGUCCUGUCACCCAGAACUGAAUCGCUAUAUACAGGACACGCUUCACUGUGUCAAACCACUCAUUGAGAAGAAUGAUGUGGAGAAAGUGGUGGUGGUUAUUCUGGAUAAAGAGCACCACCCUGUGGAGAGAUUUGUCUUUGAGAUUGCACAGCCUCCCCUGCUUUCCAUCAGUUCUGACUCCCUGCUGUCACAUGUUGAGCAGUUACUCCGUGCGUUCAUCCUGAAGAUAAGCGUGUGUGACGCUGUCCUGGAUAAUAACCCUCCAGGUUGUACAUUCACGCUGCUGGUUCAUACAAGAGAAGCGGCUACCAGAAAUAUGGAAAAGAUUCAAGUUAUAAAGGAUUUUCCCUGGAUCUUGGCCGAUGAGCAGGACUUGCACAUGCAGGAACCUCGCAUGAUUCCUCUGAAGACUAUGACCUCUGACAUAUUAAAGAUGCAGCUUUAUGUAGAAGAACGAGCCCAGAAAAGUACAUGACAUCAGCCGGGUCCCUGGGAGCCAUCAG